AUGUCUGCCGCACCUCCUACAACCCAAGACCAGGCAAAUUCCAAGGACUGGUCUGCAUCCCAAUACCUAAAGUUCAACAACGAGCGCACCCGCCCCGUCUACGACCUCAUCACCCAAAUCAUCCCUCACAUCACCUCGCCCAACCCCCGCAUCUACGACCUAGGCUGCGGCCCAGGAAACAGCACUCGCGUGCUGACCUCCUCCUUCCCCUCCGCCCACGUGACAGGCAUGGACUCCUCCCCGGACAUGCUGCGCCGCGCCAACGACGAAUUCCGCACCUCCGCCUCCCACGUAGAUUUCGUGCCCGGCGACAUAUCCAACUUUGAAGUAGCGCAAAACACCGAUCUCGUCUUUAGCAACGCAGUCUUCCACUGGCUGCGCUCUCCGCUCCGCAUCCCCGCUCUACAACGCCUUUUCGCGUCCUUGAAAUCCGGCGCGGUACUCGCGUUCCAAAUGCCAGAUAACUACCAUGAACCGUCUCACGCGCUCAUGCGCGAUAUCGCUUUACUCCCCUCGCAACCUUGGUCUUCUUACUUUGCAGACGCACACGUGGGCGAGCUGGGCGAUGAACACCGGCCCGACCUCGAUCCUAUCGAGCGGCCCCCAGAGUUCUACAAUGCCUUUGUCGAAAAUGCAAGCUUGGUUAAUAUCUGGCGCACGAAUUAUCACCACGUGCUCGCUGAUGCCCCCGCGAUUGUAGAGUGGGUCAAGGGAACGGGGUUGCUGCCGUAUUUAAAUCGCAUCGAGGAUGAAGGGGCUAAAGCGGCGUUUCUCAAGGAAUACGAGAGAAGGCUUGAAGAGGCGUAUCCGAAGUUGAAGGAUGGAAAGGUUAUACUGGUUUACCCCCGCUUUUUCGUUCUUGUUGUGCGCAAGUAG